AUGGGUGAUAUUCGAGACGUUGGCCUUGCGAGCCUUGUCGUCGCGGGGUUCCUGGCUAAGGUAUUCCACUAUGGAUCAAUAAGCCUCAUCGUUGAGCCAUGUCGAUCUGCUCACAUGAAGGCCAUGGAGGUGGCUAAAGAAGCUGGUGCAUUGCUCUCGUAUGACCCAAACUUGAGGCUGCCUUUGUGGCCCUCGAAGGACAAAGCUGAAGUGAUCAAGGUUGAUGAUGAGACUGCUUUGUCUCUGUGGCACUCUAAUCUGAAACUUCUCUUAGUCACAUUGGGAUAUUACACCAAGAACACCCGUGGAUCUGUUGAUCCUUUCCAUGUGAACACAGUGGAUACAACUGGUGCUGGUGACUCAUAUGUUGGUGCCUUGCUUGCAAUAUCGUUGAUGACCGAGCCGUGA